ACGCACGUCACUGUCUCCGCCUACUGUUGAUCUAUUUCCCGUGUGGAAGACCCCGUGAAAUGCCCCUGAAACUCCCGAAGGCGAUUGUUGUCUUUCAUUCAUUCGCAGCUCGCAGACCGCGCUGGUUUACACGUUUUGGACUUCGUCCCAACCGCUCAUUUUAAAAGGUUUUCCAGUCAGACAAAAUGAGUGAUUCCGGCAAGGACACAGUGGCUCCUAAAGAGAAAGAUGGAGCUGAGAAAAGAGGACGUGGAAGACCACGAAAACACCCACAGCAGGAGCCAAGUGGAUCACCUACACCGAAGAGACCUAGAGGAAGACCAAAGGGCAGCAAAAACAAGCCCAGCUCUAUGACAUCUAGGGGCAAAAAAGCAGCAACGGCUUCGGCACCUGCAGGGACAAAACGCCGUGGACGACCCAAGAAAGCUGAGAAGGAGGAGCAGCCAUCUAAGUCCUCUGAGGAGGAAGAAGAGGAGGAGGAAGAGGAACAGUAACUAGCAACUCGUGCUACCUCACAAUCCAACGUUAUUUCUUCCUGUUGACCAGAGCUGGACUGACCCCUCCCCCCCACCCCCCUCCCCCCUUACACUAGUGCCACCCUAGCCCUCCAAUUCACCUUACGCUCUAGCGCCCCCUAGUGUCAGGGAGGCUUGCACACUUCAUGCGCCUUCUCUGUGUAACACCACUGGAAAAAGACUCAAAAUACUGUAUGUCCAUUCAUGGAUGCAUGCACAUGUGUAUGCCUGUCUGUAUAUGUCUCGCACUCAAUGGGUAAUUGGUCGAAAGCGUCUGUCGUUAUACUGGACAAAGAUAUGCUCUGAUGGCGGCUUGACACAAAGCGAUUUGCAAAAUACUGAAGUUUUAUCUUUUCGCAAACAACAGUUUCAGGCCUUGAGAAUUCAAGUUUAUUUUUACAAGUCUAAGAUAUGGUAGGUUGUGUGAAAUUCAUGUCAUUGUGUACUGGACAAAGGUGAAUUGACCUACUCGUUUGUUUUUACUUGGGUUGUGUGUGCGUGUGUGGUAACUCAAUGUCUCCAGUUAUACUUUUUAGCUACUCCGUGAUUCAAGCUAGAAAUAAAAUUUGAGCGUAUUUUUGAGUGAGUAUAAUUUAGAGGACUUUUAACUUGUAAUCAACAUAUCAUUGAAUGCUUUGUCGUGAAACCUUUUUUUUUUAUUUUAUUUUUUUUUUAUUAUUAUUAUUUUUUAUUUUUUUUAUAAUAACGCCCUUCGCCGUCUCGCCACCAUCAUGAUUUCACUUUCUGCAAUUUAAAUUUACUGGCACACAAAGGCUAUGUAGUCAGCCCAUUUCUGCCCAUUUUCGGUGUAAUACAGCUUACUGGAUAUGCUAAGAAACCAUUUGCUUGAUGAUUGGUUUUAAUUUUGGAAGUGACUAAACGUUCUCUUUUUUUUUUUUUUUUUUUUUUCUCCUUUCUUUUAAACCACCAACUUAAGUAUGGCAGCCUGAUUCUUGUUCCAAAAAUGCACUGCAGUUGACUUGACGCCAGCAGUGCUUUUUUUUUUUUUUUUUUUUUUUUUUUUUUUCUUUCAGCCCCAAAUCUUGCAUGCAAAUGUUAAAUGCUAGAUCAUUCCAUUUUGCUUCCCAGCCAUGUCACUUCUGUACUAUUAUAGUCCACCCAGACAACGUUUGCUUUUCUUUUCUUCAUGCUUUUUUUUUUUUUUUUUUUUUUGACGUGUUAAAUUCCAUGUCAGGGAACGCUGAUCGGUCCAGUGACUGGGUCUCCUCUCAGAACUUAAUGCUGCUACAAACAUGGUUAAUUAAACCCGGAAUACUGCAACCAGGUCAGUUCUACUCUGGACUUGACCGUCACGUUCAUACCUCACUUUACAACAGCCUAUGACGGAUUACUCUUCUCUUUCCUGACGACGUUCAGCUGGUCUCAGUGCAGCCUUUGGCAAGAGUGUUUGUUUCUUUCCAAGUGCAGUGUCUGAUCCAUUUAUAACUGUCUCCAGUGUGGGAUUUUUGUUGCUUCAUUUUUGUUUUAAACUGGUUUUGCUUACAGGAGUGUGCAUCAAUGAACAGAAACUUUCAUGUAUAAACAUCUGGACACACCACAGGAAUUACUGCAUUGAGUCACAGAGAUGCAAAACAAGUUCAGACUGUGGUAGAGAUAUAGGUUUGUGUGUUUUUAGUUUUAUUUUUCUAUACAUAUGUUUGGUGCACUGAAUUGACUUUGAUUUGUUGUAUCAUGGACAAAAUGAUUUAGUGUGGCACCUAAAGGUUAGGGCUUUUUCUUUUCUUUCUUUGUAAUAAACUACAUCCUGCUAGUUGCUUAGCUCUGAGCCCCCAUUUAGUAGAUCAUGAUGGUACUAUGGCUGUUUGACGAAGUGGUUUUUAACAUGCCCCCUCAAUACUGAUGUCUUGUUUUUAUGUGCCCGUGCACACAACUGGUUUGGGAUCAGCCUUUUCAAUGUAUACACUCUGCAUUUUCUAUUGUGGACUGCAGGAAUUUAUAUUCAAAAUGGUAAUAAAGUUAAGAAUUCGUACA